CUCUGCAUGCCCCACAACUCUCCUACAUCCCUCCAGCCACCCAUCUCUCAGUCGUUUAUUUUCUACUCCCGCUCCAGCCCGCCCCAUCGUGUAAGGCAAUGACCACAGCAGCGAUGACGUCACUGGUCGGAAACGUGACAUCACCGGGACCAGACGCAGAGACUCUGCGCGUGUUGCAAAGCCAUGCAUUGUCAGUGGCGCUUCCAGCCGUGUAUGCAGUGGCGACAGCGGUGGGCGUGCCCGGGAACCUGUUCUCACUGUGGGUCCUGUGUCGUCACAUCGGUCCUCGGUCGCCAUCAGUCAUCUUCAUGAUCAACCUGAGCGUGACGGACGCGCUGCUGGGGGCGGUCCUUCCGUUCCAGAUCCACUAUCACUGCAACCGGAACCACUGGGUGUUCGGAGCAGGGCUGUGCGGGGCUGUGACAGUCGGACUGUAUGCAAACAUGUACGUGGGCGCACUCAGCGUCACGUGCCUCGGCGUGGACCGCUUCCUGGGCGUUUCCCGCCCCCUCACAUCCUCACGGUGGCGGCGGCGACGCUACGCCCUGUGCGCGUGCGCGGCCUCCUGGACCCUGGUCCUCGCCGCCCUGUCCCCACUCGCGUCCGCAGACCUCACCUAUGAUGUGAGCGCACUAGGCGUGAUCACGUGCUUUGACGUGCUGCGCUGGAGCAUGUUUCCAGGAGGGCGGAUCACGUGGGCGGCGUUCCUGCUCGGCACCUUUGGGUUGCUCUUCCUGGCGCCCUUCGCCAUCACCGUCGCCUGCUACACAGCUACGAUCCGGGUCCUGCUUCGAGAUCCAGGCCGUGUGGGGGCCGGGGCUUCCGGUACGGAUGUCCGGCGCCGUGCAGCGCGCUUGGCGGCUGUUGUGUUGGUGACGUUUGUCACGUGCUUCGCGCCGAGUCACGUGACGCUGCUGCUGCACGUUGUGGGGCGGCUGUUCCUGGGCCGUGGAUGUUACGCCGCCUACAAAGUGGCGCUUGGCCUGAGCUGCCUCAGCAGCUGCCUGGACCCCGUGGUCUACUGCUUCGCCUCACGAGAGUUCCAGGACCGCGUGCGCAAGUACCUUCCCCAAAAGUCCCGCCCACCCGUUUCCGGACACACCUGUAGCCUUCCCGGCCGCGCCCACCGGGGAUGGGAGCGGGUGCUGUCAAACACCACAUUGUCUGUUAGGUCGGCCGAGGGGGUCGAUGGGAUUGAGGAGGGCGGAAUCCCGCGGAAUCGGUCGGAGAGCGUGCUGUGACGUCAUAGGCAC